AAGUUGAAUACAUUGGUGCAGAAACUUCAUGACUUCCUGGCUCACUCAUCAGAAGAAUCUGAGGACGCAAACUCUCCUCCAGCACUAUCUAAAAACAAAACCAUAGGUAAAAGGACAUUUUAUGGCAGUCAGUCUUCAAUGGAGAACACUAGAGAAGAGGGUAGUAGUUCCUCAGAAAGAGCCAAAUCCUUAGGAUCGUCACGUUCAAAAAGGAAACCUACAGUUGUAACAAAGUAUGUUGGAUCCGAUGAUGAACAAAUCUUAGAUGAAACUGUAAAUGAAGAUAUUUCAAAUGAAAACUCAGAAAACGAUGUUGAUAUGCAAAGCUUGCCUAAAGGUACAGUGGUUGUACAGCCUGAGCCAGUGCUGAAUGAAGACAAAGAUGAUUUUAAAGGGCCUGAAUUUAGAAGCAGAAAUACCGUUAAAAUGAAACCUGAAGCUCCCAAAAAGCGUGGAGAGGAAGGACUACAUGGAAUUGUAAGCUGUACAGCUUGUGGGCAACAGGUGAACCAUUUUCAAAAGGAUUCAAUCUAUAGACAUCCUACACUGAAAGUUCUUAUUUGUAAGACUUGCUACAAGUAUUACAUGAGCGAUGACAUUAGCCGUGAUUCAGAUGGAAUGGAUGAGCAGUGUAGGUGGUGUGCUGAAGGUGGAAAUUUGAUUUGCUGUGACUUUUGCCAUAACGCCUUCUGUAAAAAGUGCAUUUUGCGCAACCUGGGUCGAAGGGAGCUAUCAACUAUACUGGAUGAAAAUAACCAGUGGCACUGCUAUAUUUGCCAUCCAGAGCCUUUGUUGGACUUGGUCACUGCAUGUGACAGUGUCUUUGAAAAUUUAGAGCAGUUACUGCAACAGAACAAAAAGAAGAUCAGAGUUGAAAGUGAAAAAAGCAAAAUAUAUGACCAUAUAGUCAAAUUUUCUCCAAAGAGAAAUAAUUCAAAUUGUAAUGGUGAAGAAAAAAAACUAGAUGGUUCGUGUUCAGGUUCACUAACGUACUCUUAUAAAGCACUAGUGGUGCCAAAAGACUUGAUUAAGAAAACAAAAAAGCUGAUUGAAACUACGACAAAUCUGAAUUCUAGAUUUGUAAGCUUUUUGAAAACCGCUGCGGAAAAUGUAGAAAUAAGCCCAAGUCUGCAACUUUAUCAGCUAAAAGCUUUUAAAGCUGUGUUGAGUGACAUGAAAAAAGCUCAUCUGGCGCUAGAAGAAGGUCUAAACCUGGAGAUUCAAGCUUUGAAUGUUAAAAUCAAAGAUAAAAAUACCAAAGAGAAAAAAAAUGAUGUUAGAUCAGAAAAGAGUGAGGUGAGAAAAGAUGAAGGGAAGGAACAUGUGGCAUUAAAAGAGGGUGACACCGUAAAGACACAGAAAAAAGUUGAAUCAGAACAGCCUGACAGUGAGCCUAUGGAUCAAGGUGUUCCAGCAACGGAACAAGCAGCUAACAAGCGUACUUCUGGCGAAGAUAAAAGGUCUGGCAGAAAUGAGGAACCUCAGUAUGAACCUAAUAGUACAGAGGCUUUAGACAUGGAUAUAGUGUCUGUUCCCUCAUCUGUUCCUGAAGAUAUUUUUGAGACUCUAGAAUCUGGUAUGGAGAUUCAGAUUCCAUCAGAUGAACAAGACAAUGGAAAUACUGGAACAGAUCACGAGGCUGUAAAUUCAAAUACAAAAUCGAACACUCCUGUGAAAGAUACCAAAGGCGGUACUAAGUUAAAAUCAUCGGCUAAAGGAACAAAGGAAUUGAUUGUAAAAUUGACUCCUGUUUCCCUCUCAGAGUCUACAGUUAAAGCUGAAGAUCAAGACAGCAGUCUAGAAAAGGGAAGUAAGGAUGCUGAUGUGAUACCUAGGGCAGAAAACUGUGAUUCUGCAAAACAAAAUCAUAAAGCUGGCAGUGAACCUUCCAUGGAGAACGAAACUGUCUCACUCGCAGAAGAAUCCGAUCUCAGGAGAUCACCACGUGUGAAGACCACGCCUCUGAGGCGCCAGACAGACAUCAGUCCUUUAACAUCAAAUUCAGAAGAAGAUAGCAAUGACACCUGUAAUGAAAAACGCAAGAGAAAAACAUCGAAACAACCAAGGAGGGAAAAGGAUAAAAGAAAUUCUUCCGACAGUACUGUUGAUGGUCCUAGCCCUAAUAAACUUUCUAAAUCAAAAAAGCAGUACGUGUCAGAUCAUGGCUCGGAUUCUGAUGAGAUGCCGGCUGUUCUUAAAGAAGUAGCUAUGAUGAAUCACAGUUCUUCAGAUAUAGACAGCAAUAGUGAAGCACCAACAAAUGAUCAGAAUUCUUUAAAUUUUCUAAAGAAUCAACCAGUAAAGGAUGAAAACGGAAAACGAAAAAGAAAAAGUUCCAGUUCUGGUUCAGAUUUAGACGCUAAAAGAGGCAAAUCGGCUAAAAAUGCUGCUGCUAAAAAGAAACGACAAAACUAUUCGGAUUCUUCAAACUAUGAUUCUGAGUUAGAAAAAGAAAUAAAAAUUUUGAGUAAAAUUGAGUCUGCAAAAAAAGCUAAGAAAAAGUACUCACGAAAAGAAGAUAGUUAUUCCUCUGAAGAAGAACAGAGGAAAAAAGUAAGUAGCAAGAGAAAGAUAAAUUUGAAGAAACAGAGGGGUAAAUCUUCUGAAGAUGACGAUGCUGAAAAGUCUUCCCCAGAGAAAGAGAUUAAUGAUUCUUCUAAAGAUAAAAAAAUUGGAAAGGGGUCAGCUGCGAAGGAAAGGAUAAACAGGGACUUAAGAGAAAAAACUGUGAAGGGAAAGCACGAUGAGUCUUCUGAUGUUGAGAAGUCUUUACUGGAGGAAGAGGAGAGUUGUCCUAAAAGUGUAAAGCUAACUAAAGUUAAGAAGAGCAAGGAUUUGAAAAAGAAAAAGGCACUGGAAGGUUCUUCUUCAGAAAGCACUGAGAAAUCUGCGAAGAAAGAGCACAAGUUUGAUUCCUCAAAAGACAGAUUCAGGAAUAAAAAAGGAUCAGAAAGCAAAGCAAAGAAAUCUGAAAAAUUGAAGAAGAAAAGUUACGAGAAAGAACAAGAUGAUUCUUCUUCUGAUGUUGAAAAGUCAUCUCCCGAGAAAGGAAGUUGCAAUUCUUCUGAAAAUGACAAAACUAAACCCAAACCAAUGUUUAAAGAAAAGAAAAGGAGGAAUUUAAGAGAGAGAGUAUCUAAAAGAGUAGAGAUUGAUUUAUCCUCUGAUGCUGAGAAAUCUCCCCUAAAAGAGGAGAGUUCUUCUGAAGAUGCUGCACGGAGUAAAAAACAAACUGAAACUAAAGAAAAGAAAAAAAAAAGUCACAAAAAGAAGAUUUCCAAGAAAGAACAGAAUGACUCGUCCUCUUCUGAUGAGGAGUCUUGUGAAGACAGUAAGAAAAAGAUUAAAAGAGAGUCAAAGAAAGAGAGUAAAAAGAGUAACUUAAAAAAGAAAGUGUCAAAAAAGAAGGUGGUUGUCACUUCCUCUUCCUCAUCUGAUAAGGAAGAAAAUGAUGAACAGAAUUCAACAGGUGAUGGAAGCAAUGAUGAGCAGAAGAUUAUGCCAGUGACUGAAAACUUAAUACUGUCUGCUGGUACAGGAUUUUGUCAGUCAUCAGGUGGAGAGACUAAAUCAAGGGCUGUUCCAGUGGAGGAGGAGGAAGAUGAUGAUGAUGACGAUCCUGAGAAUAGAAUUGCCAAGAAAAUGCUUUUAGAAGAAAUCAAAGCCAAUCUUUCCUCUGAUGAGGAUGCAUCUUCAGAUGAUGAGUCGGAUAAAGGAAAAAAGAAAACUGGGAAGCAAAAUGAAAACACAGGAGAUGAUGAAGAGAAUGAAAAGGAAGAUAAUUCUGAAUCAGAUUCAGAAGAAGAAGAAGAAGAAUCGAAGAAGCCCAGAUACAGACACAGACUGCUGAGGCACAAGCUGACAGUGAGUGACGGAGAAUCUGGUGAAGAAAAAAAGGUGAAACCAAAAGACAAAAAAGAAGGGAAGCGCAGAAAUAGAAGGAAAGUGAGCAGCGACGAUUCAAAUGACUCCGAGUUUCAUGAAUCUGCAGUUAGUGAAGAAGUCAGUGAGUCUGAAGAUGACCAGCGUCCAAGAACAAGGUCUACCAAAAAAGCUGAGGUGGAAGAAAACCAGCGCAGUUACAAACAGAAAAAGAAACGAAGGCGUAUAAAGGUUCAAGAGGAUUCUUCAAGUGAAAACAACAAUAAGAGUAAUUCUGAGGAUGAGGACAAUGAUGAUUCAAAAUCUCCUGGAAAAGGCAGGAAGAAAAUAAGGAAAAUUAUUAAAGAUGAUAAGCUUAGAACAGAAACGCAAAAUGCACUUAAAGAAGAAGAAGAAAGAAGAAAACGUAUAGCAGAAAGAGAACGGGAGAGAGAGAAAUUGAGAGAGGUGAUAGAGAUAGAAGAUGCUUCGCCUCUGAAGUGUCCCAUUACAACUAAGCUGGUUUUAGAUGAAGAUGAAGAAACCAAAGAACCAUUAGUGCAGGUUCACAGGAGUAUAGUUACCAGACUGAAACCACACCAAGUAGAUGGUGUUCAAUUCAUGUGGGAUUGCUGUUGUGAAUCUGUAAAAAAAACCAAGACAUCUCCUGGUUCUGGGUGCAUUCUUGCUCACUGUAUGGGUCUGGGGAAAACAUUACAGGUAGUAAGUUUUCUUCACACGGUCUUGCUGUGUGACAAGCUGGAUUUUCGGACAGCUCUGGUAGUGUGUCCACUGAACACCGCCUUGAACUGGUUGAAUGAGUUUGAAAAAUGGCAAGAAGGUUUAGAAGAUGAUGAAAAACUAGAGGUCUGUGAGCUAGCAACUGUGAAACGCCCUCAGGAGAGAAGCUAUAUGCUCCAGCGUUGGCAAGAUGAAGGAGGUGUGAUGAUAAUAGGCUACGAGAUGUAUCGUAAUCUUGCACAAGGCAGGAAUGUGAAGAGCAGAAAACUUAAAGAAAUAUUUAAUAAAGCUUUAGUUGAUCCAGGCCCUGACUUCGUUGUUUGUGAUGAAGGGCACAUACUAAAAAAUGAAGCAUCGGCAGUUUCUAAGGCAAUGAAUUCCAUUCGAUCUAGGAGAAGAAUAAUUCUUACAGGAACACCACUGCAAAAUAAUCUUAUAGAAUAUCACUGCAUGGUUAACUUUAUUAAGGAGAAUUUGCUCGGUUCAAUUAAGGAAUUCCGAAAUCGAUUUAUAAAUCCAAUUCAGAACGGUCAGUGUGCAGACUCUACUCUGGUAGAUGUCAGAGUAAUGAAGAAGCGUGCACAUAUUCUCUAUGAGAUGUUAGCUGGAUGUGUCCAGAGGAAGGAUUACACAGCAUUAACAAAGUUCCUCCCACCCAAAUAUGAGUAUGUUCUAGAAGUUCGAAUGACACCUAUUCAGUGCAAACUCUACCAAUACUACUUGGAUCAUUUGACAGGUGUAGGUGGUGGCAAUGAAGGUGGAAGAGGCAAAGCUGGAGCUAAACUAUUCCAGGAUUUCCAGAUGUUGAGCAGGAUCUGGACUCACCCUUGGUGUUUGCAGCUGGACUAUAUUAGCAAAGAAAAUAAGGGCUACUUUGAUGAAGACAGUAUGGAUGAUUUCAUAGCUUCAGAUUCCGACGAAACUUCAAUGAGCUUAAGUUCUGAUGAUUAUACAAAGAAAAAAAAAUCCAAGGGGAAAAAGGUGAAGAAAGACUGUAGCUCAAGCAGAAGUGGCAGUGAUAAUGAUGUUGAAGUCAUUAAAGUCUGGAAUUCAAGAUCUCGUGGAGGUGGAGAAGGAAAUGCAGAAGAACUUGUAAACAACCCUCCAUCUGUUACAAAAUCAGAUGAAGGCAAAGCUACAUCCUCUUCCAAUCCUGGUAGCCCAGCGCCGGAUUGGUACAAAGAUUUUGUCACCGAUGCAGAUGCUGAAGUGUUGGAACAUUCUGGGAAAAUGGUGCUUCUCUUUGAAAUUCUUCGAAUGGCAGAGGAGCUUGGAGACAAAGUCCUAGUGUUUAGUCAGUCCCUAAUAUCUCUGGAUUUGAUAGAAGAUUUUCUGGAGCUGGCCAACAGGGAGAAAACUGACAAAGAGAAGUCUCCUAUUUAUAAAGGUGAAGGAAAAUGGUUCAGAAACAUUGAUUACUAUCGCUUAGAUGGUUCAACCACAGCUCAGUCAAGAAAGAAAUGGGCUGAAGAAUUUAAUGAUGAAACUAAUGUGAGAGGCCGCUUGUUCAUUAUAUCCACUAAAGCAGGUUCCCUCGGAAUUAACCUCGUGGCUGCUAACAGAGUAAUCAUCUUCGAUGCCUCUUGGAACCCAUCGUACGACAUCCAGAGUAUUUUCAGGGUGUAUCGCUUUGGGCAGAACAAACCUGUGUUUGUGUACAGGUUUUUGGCUCAGGGAACGAUGGAAGAUAAGAUCUAUGAUCGUCAGGUGACAAAGCAGUCGUUGUCCUUCCGGGUGGUCGACCAACAGCAAGUGGAACGUCAUUUUACUAUGAAUGAACUUACAGAGCUGUACACUUUUGAGCCAGAUUUGCUGGAUGAUCCUAAUUCAGAAAAGAAAAAGAAGAGAGAUACACCGAUGUUGCCAAAAGAUACAAUUCUGGCAGAAUUGCUUCAAAUCAAUAAAGAGUAUAUAGUUGGGUAUCACGAACACGAUUCCCUCCUGGACCAUAAGGAGGAAGAGGAGCUCACUGAAGAAGAAAGGAAGGCAGCAUGGGCAGAAUAUGAAGCAGAAAAGAAGGGCUUGACUAUGCGCUUCAACAUGCCGACUGGGACCAAUAUGCUUCCUACAAAUUUCAACUCUCAAACACCGUAUAUUCCUUUCAAUUUGGGUGCUCUGUCAGCAAUGAGUAAUCAGCAGCUGGAGGACCUUAUUAAUCAAGGAAGAGAGAAAGUUGUGGAAGCAACCAACAGCGUAACUGCAGCAAGAAUUCAGCCCCUUGAAGAUAUCAUUUCAACCAUAUGGAAAGAAAACGUAACACUCACAGAGAGCCAAGUCCAGGCCCUGGCACUGAGCAGGCAGGCAAGCCAGGAGCUUGAUGUCAAGCGCCGAGAAGCCAUCUACAACGAUGUCCUUACUAAACAGCAGAUGUUGAUCAGUUGUGUUCAGAGGAUCCUGAUGAACAGAAGGCUCCAGCAGCAGUACAAUCAGCAGCAGCAGCAGCAGAUGUCUUACCAGCAAGCAGCAAUGAGUCACCUCAUGAUGCCAAAGCCUCCCAAUUUAAUCAUGAAUCCUUCUAACUACCAACAGAUAGAUAUGAGAGGAAUGUAUCAGUCAAUGUCUGGCGGUAUGCAGCCACCACCGUUACAACGAGCACCGCCCCCAAUGAGAGGCAAAAAUCCAGGGCCUUCCCAAGGGAAAUCAAUGUGAUUUUGCACUAAAAGCCUAAAGGAUUGUUAAAAUCAGAGAAAGAACUUUUAUUUUUUUAGGAAUCAAUGGCUUAACAGAACUCAACUGUAAAAAAAAAAAAA